AUGUUUCCAAGUGAUUUUGCUUGGGGAGCUGCAACCGCAGCAUAUCAAAUAGAAGGUGGCUGGCAGGCAGACGGCAAGGGUCCGAGCAUCUGGGACACGUUUUGCCACGAGGAAGGUCGAGUACAGACGGGGGACGUCGCUUGCAACAGCUAUGAAUUAUGGGAAAAAGACCUGCAGUGCAUCCGGCAACUAGGACUGACACAUUAUCGUCUGUCCCUCUCCUGGGCCCGCCUCCUUCCUGAUGGCACCACAGGAAACGUCAAUCAAAAAGGUGUCCAAUACUACAACAAGGUGAUCGAUGAUUUACUUGCGUGGGAAAUUUCACCAAUGGUCACGCUUUACCACUUCGACCUGCCUCAGGCGCUUCAGGACCGUGGAGGCUGGAAAGCGUCCUGUAUUGCCGGGCUGUUUGACAGCUAUGCUCGGUUUUGUUUCCAAACUUUCGGGGACAGAGUCAAACUUUGGCUCACAAUCAAUGAACCUUACGUAUGCGCCAAGCUUGGGCACGAGGACGGCGUUCACGCACCAGGUCUAAAGGAGCCAGGUACCGCGGCCUACGUGGUGGGCCACAACAUGCUACGUGCUCACGCUAGGGCUUGGCAUAGCUAUAACUCACUCUACAGACUGAAGCAGGGCGGCGCAGUGUCCCUCGCCCUCAACAGCGACUGGUUUGAACCUUUACGUCCUAACCACGAUGCAGAUGUCGCCGCAGUGGACCGUUCCCUCGCGUUCACCUUGGGAUGGUUUGCCUGGCCUCUGUUUGUCACUGGCGAUUACCCGCACACAAUGAGGGCAGCCAUUGGCGCUCAAAACAAGAAGCUGGGCUAUGAUGGCAACCCGAGACUGCCUACGUUCUCUAAGGACGAACCGCCCGUAUUGGGUACUGCCGACUUCUUUGCCUUGAACUAUUACACGUCCCGUAAGGUCAAACACGGAUGCGUUAGCGAGCUAGGGAUGUGCAUGAAGCGCGACCGGGAAGCGGAGGAAGUCUUGGAUCCUGAUUGGAGCAUUUGUGGUGCCCCUUGGUUAGCUGUGGUGCCGGGGGGCUUGCGGAAACUCCUCAACUACAUUAAGGACACAUUUCGCAACCCAGUGGUCUACAUCACGGAAAAUGGCUUCUGUCAGGCGGGGCCGUUGGUGAUGGAGGAUGCACAGCGGGGCCACUUUUACAAGGAAACCAUCCAGGAAGUGGAAAAAGCCAUCGGAGAAGACGGCGUCGAUGUCCGCGGAUAUUUCGUCUGGUCGCUUAUCGACAACUUUGAGUGGGCUGACGGAUUCGACCUUCGCUUUGGAUUGUUUCAUGUGGACUUUUCCCACGUUGAACGCAGGCGAACGAUAUACCGCUCUGGCUUGGAGUAUGCACGCAUCAUUUCCAAAUACAAGGAGUUGGCCUCCAAAUGA